UUUUUCGGAGGGAAUGAAGGGAAUAGAAUUCGAAAUAUCCACGUUAUCUCUUCCGAACACUCGAGGGCAAUUUUUCGUUCCAAUCCCGCCACGAUACACCACAAAGUAUUUUUAUCAUAAUUCCAAGUGAUUGACAACACCAUAAUGUUCUCGAGUAAGGUUAUGACACGCGUGUGCCACCAAGUCAGCCGGCUAUCUCCAAGAUUUGCGUCUGGAGUUCCUGAAAAUACGAGGAUUGAAAAAACACUGAAUCAAGUAUCUUUGUUGGGCAGAGUUGGUGCAGAUCCUCAGAGGAGAGGAACUGAAGAACAUCCAGUGGUUGUUUUCUCACUGGCAACUCACACUAAUUACAAAUACGAAGGAGGAGAUUAUGUUCAGAGAACAGACUGGCACAGAGUCUGCGUCUUCAAACCCCAUCUUCGCGACUCAGUCUACGAAUACCUGAAGAAGGGUCAAAGGGUCAUGGUGAAUGGCCGCCUGAGCUACGGAGAAAUUAAAGACGAGGCUGGAAAUCCGAAAGCCACGACAGCGGUUAUCGCCGACGACGUGAUAUUUUUCCAGAAUACUCAAAAGGACUACUAAUAGCCAAUCUCUCUGUACUUCCACCAUAAUCUUAAGCCCCGAUCGCAAUCAUUUCCUGUAUUUUGUUUGUUCACAUCGUAUAAACAAUAAAAACAUAAUUUUUUAAAAAGCA